AUGGCGACGACACCAAACUCAUCAGCAUCGUCUGUCACAGCGACACACCCUGACCUCGAUAUCGAGGCCCAGCCUACGAGGACCAAGGAGGGUCACUUCAAGCUCCUGUACGACCAGGCCGGCGUGACCCCCGAAGUCCUCAACCACACGUACCCCGGCGAGGGCACUGCCGAGUCUCCCUAUCUCGUUGACUUCCUCCCCGAAGAUGUUCGCAACCCCAUGACCUUCAGCCAGACCAAGAAGUGGUCCAUCACUGUAGUCAACGCCGUUGCGACAUUGGCCGUUGCUUUCGCCAGUUCAGCAUACUCGGGCGGUGUCCGCGCCGUCAUCGAGGACUUUGGCGUGUCCCAGAUUGUCGCCAUCCUUGGUGUCUCUCUCUUCGUCCUUGGCUUCGCCAUCGGUCCCCUCCUGUGGGCUCCCAUGUCGGAGAUCUUUGGUCGCCAGCGCCUCUUCAUCGUCACCUUCUUUGCUCUUACGGCUUUCAAUGCCGGCGCUGCUGGCUCUCAAAACAUCCAGACGUUGAUCAUCCUGCGAUUCUUCGGAGGUGCUUUCGGCUCGUCACCCCUGACGAACGCUGGUGGCGUCAUUGCCGACAUGUUCUCUGCGUCCGAGCGCGGCAUGGCUUCUGCUCUGUUCGCGUCAGCUCCCUUCCUUGGCCCCGUUAUUGGCCCUAUUGCCGGUGGCUUCCUCGGUCAUGCCUCUGGCUGGCGCUGGGUUGAGGGUAUGAUGGCUAUCUUCACUGGUGUCAUCCUCAUCAUCUCACUCUUCGUCUGCCCUGAGACGUACGCCCCCUACCUGCUUCGCCAGCGUGCUGUCGAGCUCUCCCGCCAGACCGGCAAGCACUACCUCUCAAAGCAUGACCUCCGCAAGGUCCCCCAGUUGACUGCACUCAUGCGCCCUUGGGUCCUGCUCUUCUGCGAGCCCAUUGUCACUCUGACGUCGAUCUACAUGGCCAUCAUCUACGGCACUCUCUACAUGCUCUUCGCCGCCUUCCCGAUUGUGUACCAGGUUCACCGCGGUUGGACCCCCGGUAUCGGUGGCCUUGCCUUCAUUGGCGUUGCUGUUGGCAUGAUCUUCGCCGUCAGCUACUGCAUUUACGACAACAAGCGUUACGCUGCUGCCGUCAAGGCCGCCGGUGGUGCUGCUCAGCCCGAGGCACGUCUCCCUCCCGCCAUCAUCGGCUCUGUUCUCCUUCCCGUCGGCCUCUUCUGGUUCGCUUGGACCAACGGCCCCGAGAUUCAUUGGGUCGUCUCCAUCAUCGCCUCUGGCUUCUUCGGCGCUGGUCUCGUCCUCGUCUUCCUCAGUCUCAUGAACUACCUCAUCGACUCGUACGUCGUCUUCGCCGCCUCGGCCCUAGCCGCCAACAGUGUUCUCCGAUCGCUCUUUGGCGCCGCCUUCCCUCUCUUCACCAGCAACAUGUACGACGACCUUGGCAUCCACUGGGCCUCCACCAUUCCCGCCUUCCUCGCUCUGGCCUGCGUUCCGUUCCCCUACCUCUUCUGGCGCUACGGCAAGGCCAUUCGCCUCAAGUGCAAGUAUGCCGCCGAGGCCGCUGCUGUGCUUGAGCAGAUGCGCGCCGGUGCUGCCAAGCCUCCCGUCGUGCGCGAGUCUGACCAGAUUAUGGAAGAUGACAUCGAAGCUGAGCGUGAGGAGGAGAAGCUGCGUCGCGCCAGCCGCGCCAGUCAAGGUGGUGUUCUGUCUGACGAUGAGCGCACUGAGGCCGGCGACGCUUCUGAGGAGCCUGUCGGCACCAAGGAGAAAUGA